AUGCCUAAACUUGCAACGGAAAUUAACAACAACAGUUUGGCCGAUGAUGACGGUGCAAAAGUCAAGGACCAGACACCGGUGCCCUACUUCAAGUCAUUCAAAACGCCCAUUCUCUGGUCAAAGGUCUUCAACAUUUGGCUGCUGCACACUCUCUUUUUGGGCCUUGGUCCGGCAUUGGUGCUCACCAAGAUAUCCACCCUCGUCUUUGGAUACAUUCUCACUCUAGCUGCAGUGUUGGGAGUUCAAGUUGGGGCACAUAGGUACUACUGCCACCGAGCCUUUAAAGCCAACUUUGCCUUUCGCCUGUUGAUUGUCAUUUGCCAGACAAUUUCCCUGCAAAAGGACAUUUACGACUGGUGCCGUGAUCACCGAGUGCACCACAAAUUCUCCGAGACUGAUGCCGAUCCGCACAACUCCAAUCGGGGCUUUUUCUUUAGCCAUAUGGGCUGGCUCAUGCUCUCCAAGCACCCUGAAGUGCGGCGAAAGGGCGCUACGAUUGAUCUCUCUGAUGUGAUCGCCGAUCCACUGGUGAGACUGCAGCGAAAGUACUACUACUUUGUCUGGGUGCCCAUCUUCUGGUUCGCCAUUCCCGUCGCUGUGCCAAUGUACUUUUGGGGCGAGUCCUUCUACGCCUCCUUUAUGAUCUGCGUCAUUGCACGGUACACCAUCACACUGCACAUUACCUUUCUGGUUAACUCCUGGGCACAUGCCUAUGGCAACCGACCGUACAGUGAGAAGCUGAUCCCCGUUGAGGCCUCAUGUCGACACAUGCUCAUGGGAGAAGGCUUCCACAACUACCACCAUGUAUUUCCAAAUGACUACUCCGCCUCUGAAUUCGGUCCAAUGGACGUCUUCAACCCGGCGACGGCCAUUAUCAACUUUUUCGCCGCCAUCGGCUGGGCGUGGGAUCUGAAGAAGGCAGACCCAAAGUUGAUCAGGAAGAUAGCAGCUGAAAGCGGCGAUAAACAGGCUCAGUAUCAGCUGGGCACCCGUAGAUGGAUUGUCGA